CUACAAUGCGUAGAUUGUAUGUAUCUCGAGGGUAAUGAGACGAGUGCCAUAGCCAUUAUGAACCAAGCUUUAAAAGCUGACCCCCGCUGCAUGGACAGCCCGACCGCUAUAAAUGUCACCAGAAAUUGCAGCGAAGCAUGCAUACAGUUCCAUGUUUCCAUGGUAACUGUAUACGAAUCGGUAAACAAAGCUGUGAACUUGACAAUUCACUUCCGGUCCUGCGCAGUUGAGCUCCUGGUGACCCCAGGAUGCCGGGAUAUGUCGAAUGAUGCGCAGAGUCCGUUGUUUCAGGAACUGAGUCACAAAGCUGUUUCGGACGUACAUCAACUGCUGCCUGUAUUUCAGUUUUUCACUGUUGUUGACAUCAAGGGAAAAGAAUGCUUCUGCAAUGACGGUGAUAUGUGCAAUAAAGAUAUCAGCAAUUUGGGCCCACUCCCAACGGCCAUCCCCAGGGAGCGACCUCCGUGGAAUAUCAUCAUUCCUUGUGUUAUUGUGGGAAUCGUAAUCAUAGUUUCAGCAGCAAUAGUUUUCUUCUGGGCACUACGGAAAGGCAAAAUUCUAAGAGCAGAUUUGAACGCAUGGUCGAGACAUAUUGAUGGUGACAACGUUUUGAAUGAAGGAGACCCCGAAGAUGAGCUCGGAGCAACCUUAGAAAUAAAAGAAUUCUACUAUCAUGCCUUUAUUUCGUACAAUGAGUCCGCAAAAGAGGACAAAGCGUUUGUGAAAGGACACCUUAUACCAGAGUUGGAACGGCGCGGUUAUAAAAUAUAUAAACCUGACGAAAGGACUGGAAAAGUUGUAAAACGACCAGAAAACAUUGGAAUUAAUGCCAGCAGUCGGUUCAUCAUGAUCGUCUCCUCACAGUACCUUGAUAUGGAUGGCGUGAAUGACCUAUGUGGCAGAGUAAGGAAUCGGUUAAAGGACAACAAAUUGAGAAUAAUUCCAAUAAUCAUGGAAAAUUUCGAUUUCGAUCACUACCUUUUGCAAAGGAAUGACGGCACAGACUAUACAUCUGUAAGAAAACUUUUGGAACAGCCACGUUUGAAGAAACCAAAUGAAGACGCAAUGGACAAGUUUUUUGACGACAUCGUAGACUACAUGCCAAAGCUUAAAAACAAAGCUGAUGGAGAGGGUCUGGACCAAGAACGAAUUGAAUUAGAUGUUGAGAAUGAUGGCAACGUGCACAAGAGAUACUGAUACUUCAUUGAUACAACUUGAAUUAGACGUUGUGAAUGAUGGCAACGUGCACGACAGAUACUUAUGCUUUAUUCAUACUUUCUGCACCAGACUGAGCUGGUGAAAAUGUACA